AAUCUUUAAGAUAUUACGUAUAUACAAGAAAGAUGAAGCAUGUAUAUGUAAUAUGUAUACUUUAUCACAUAUCAUGUAAUGGUAAACGAAGCUGAAGAACACAAACGUACAUUAAUUCAAUAACUAAUGGAGUUUAAGCAAGAAGAUGUAUCAGAGCCAGUGAGUCCCACUGGCCAAUACUUCAACAGCUCGGCGCUAUCGGUUUCUAUUAUCGGAGUUUUGGAAUCAGAAAUCCCCAUCGAUGACUCCCCCACCAUGGCACUACUCAAGGACGUGUUUCUCCCCAUCAACCCACGGUUUUCCUCCAUUAUGGUUAGGGACAAAAAUGGAGUGAGACGGUGGAAGAGGGUUGAAGUGAAGCUCAAGGACCACAUUAGGGUCCCAACUUUCCCUCCUGAGAAGUCACUAGAAUUCUAUGAUGAGUAUCUCAAUGGCUACAUAUCAAAGAUAGCCAUGGAUGGAUUUCCACAAAGCAGACCACUUUGGGAGAUCCACAUCAUCAAGUACCCUACAAGCAAUGCAGCUGGGACUCUGAUUUUCAAGCUCCACCAUUCAAUGGGGGAUGGCUUUUCAUUAAUGGGGGCUCUUCUUUCUUGUCUACAAAGGGCUGACAAUCCUUCCCUUCCCUUAACGUUCCCUAGGUUUCAAACGAGCUCAAAAUUGGAUGGAGGGGGUGGGAGCAUUUUCAGCGGCGUGCCUCGGUUUUUCUCCGGCCUUGUCAACAUUCUUUCGGAUUUUGGAUGGAGCCUCCUGAAGAGCAGCUUGGUGGAAGAUGACCGGACACCGAUAAGAUCCGGGGACGAUGGAGUGGAAUUCCGGCAGAUCGACUUAACUACCAUGACCUUCUCUCUUGAUCACAUCAAGCAAAUUAAGACCAGUCUUAGGGUGAGCAUAAAUGAUGUAAUCACGGGAAUAAUAUUUUAUGGAACUCGAUUAUACAUGCAAGCAUCAAGUCAUGAGUCAAGGAAUGCGCAUUCUACAGCAUUGGUGCUACUCAACACUCGAAACAUAGCUGGUUACAAGUCUGUUGAUGAAAUGGUGAUGGAGCCCCAAACUGAGACGAAAUGGGGGAACCAAUUCGGGUUCUUGCACGUGCCAAUUCCUGAGUUAGAUGGAGCUGACUCUUCAGAUCCGAUCUAUUUUGUCAACAAUGCACGGCAAAUAAUCAAGAAAAAGAGAAACUCCGGGGCUGUUUAUCUCACCGGCAGGUUGCUAGAGACACUGAGGACAUAUAGAGGCCCUGAGAGGACUGCUCAAUACAUGCAUAGAACACUAAAGAACUCAAGCAUGACAUUGUCAAAUAUGAUCGGCCCGGUGGAGCAAAUGGUUUUGGCUAAUCAUCCUGUGAGAGGCUUCUACUUCAUGGUGGUCGGAGUUCCACAGAGUCUUACGAUAACAAUGGUGAGUUACACGGGAAAGCUAAGGGUUGCGGUAGGAACAGAGAAGGGCCUCAUAGAUCCGCAAAGGUUCAAGUCAUGCAUUGAGAAGGCCUUUGACAUGGUAUUCAAUACUGCAGUGAAGUCUGGCUAAAAAUUUAGCUCAUGUGGAAAUUAUAUUAUUGGAAUUUUGCUUACUUUCAAAAUUAUUUCAAAACUACAUUAUAGUCUUUGGAUUGUGUUCUAAUUUUUAUAUGAAAAAUCAGAUCCUAAUUUGUUGAAAAUUAUGCAAUCAAUUUCCUUGGACACAAAGUCAGCAAAGAUACUUGCCCAAUUAAGUCAUUGAUUCUUGUAAAUUGAUUUGGUGUAGAUUGCAAGUUAUUUUCUUUCUAUGUACAUCUAUAUCUUUCUUGUAUAAAUAGUGGCUCCUGGAUGUAAAGAAUUUCAUUACAAAAUAAAGGAAAUCUUCUCCAUUCUUUUUCUUUUA